AGCAGCAACAGAGGCUCCAGUGGAAACAAACCUCUACAUACGUGGACAUGAACGACUCAAAAAGUCCGGUUACAUUGAAAAUAGUCCUCAUAGGAAACUCUGGGGUGGGAAAAUCCUCCUUCAUGAACAGAUAUGUGAAUCACCGCUUCACCAACAUGUACCGGGCCACCAUAGGGACCGACUUCCUGUCCAAAACAGUCAACAUAGACGGGGACACCGUCAACCUGCAGAUCUGGGACACAGCGGGCACAGAGAGGUUCCAGUCUCUGGGGACCCCCCUGUACAGAGGGGCCCACUGCUGCAUGCUGGUGUUUGACGUCACAGCCACAGCCACCUUCUCUGCCCUGGAGGGCUGGAGGAAGGAGUUUCUGAUCCAGGGCGAGCCUCAGGACCCAGACCACUUCCCCUUCAUUGUACUGGGCAACAAGACUGACCUGAGCAACCGGGAGGUGUCUGUCAGGAAGGCCCUGCAGUGGUGUGAGGAAGUCGGAGCGGAGUACUUUGAAGGAAGCGCCAAAGAAGACGUAGAAGUUGAAAAGCCGUUCCUGAGAGCGGCUCGGAGCGGCUUACAACAGUACAAAAAACACACAUUGGAAAAUACAGGACAUUUCCAGAUAACCUGCAAACAGCCGAGAGAAACUCGCAACACCUGUGUCAACUGCAACAUCUGAGCUGCACUCGUCCCAGUGUGGGAGGGAAAGUUCAGAGAGACCUCGGCACUGCUGAUGAUGACCUAUCUAACGAGGGUGCAAAAAUAGUGACCCAGCAAAGGUACUGUGGAAGGAAAGGACACAAUUGUAUACCACAUGGAGAGAGGAACAAACUCAUUAAAUGUUUUUUUCUUUUUUGAGAACCUUCAGCUUAUGGUCUAACUUAAGGCAUCACUACUAAAAUACACUGCUUUUGCAUGCAUGUCUAGUUUUGUUCAACAGACACACUGACACACACAAAAAUUAUGAAUGCAUAUGAAGAGAAAGUUCAUUUCUAGAAAGAAAUCAGGAGAAACCACAAACGGAAAGCCAAGGUGCGAGCCGGAGAAAAAGGCGGCAAUCGAGAACACCUUGGCUCUGAUCUUCCUGGCCGUUACCUUCACAACUGAAUCCGCCCUUACAAAG